AUGUCCCCCCUGCAGCGUCCCCGGCCAUCUCCUCCGGCCGAUACCGGCAUCCGUCUUCUGGGUUCUGUUCCCUACGAGCGUCGGGACGUACGGGACGGAAUGGUGGGAAAUUCAAAAAAGUUAAAUAAAAUCACAUAGUAAAACAUUACUGUAUCAAACCAUUUCACAUACAUUUUGUCCCUAGUGCUUUGUCCUGUGCCCUGCCUGCAUUUUUACUGUUCUUUCUGCCUGGAAACUGAGAAACGUCCAUAGCGUCCAAAAAGCGUCCCUUUAGGUCAAAAGCGGUUUUAGACCAGCUAGAGAACAGCGAUAGUGAAAUAGAACAACUUGCAGAAUUGA